CAGCAGCACAGCAGUGCACCGGCGUACCCUACUCAAUCGGUACAGCGUACAGCUGGUGGUGCGCACCAGCACCAGCCGCCCUCAUGAGCAACACACCAUCCCCCCCCAGCAACAACAACGAUGACCCCGCAGCUGGCGACCAAAGCUCAUCAUCGCCAGCGCCGGCGCCAGCACCUGCCGAGGCAGAGGUUGUUGUGGAUGGUGGAGGAGGCAGCAGUGUGCCAGUGAUACGGCCUGCUCCUGCCUACAACACGACGGACGACACAGAGUACGUAGUGCCGGCGGACACAUUGCAAGCUGUCGACGAGUUUGUGGUGCCGCAGGGGUAUCGGAGAGAAAGGGUGCGUGAGUCCACUUUCAUGUACUCGCUCGGUGUGUACGUUGAGCCGACAGACUCGAAGAACAACGCCUGCAAGUUCUUCUGGUUGGCGAGCCCGCAUUGCCGUUCGAAGAAAACCAUGGUGCCCCGCAAAGGCCGCGACCGCGCCAACGUCAACAAGCACAUUAUGCGCAUGGAGGACAACCGCCUCCCCAAGCGCAUGCUGCUGGGAGAGAUGGCGGGGGGUGCCGGAUACCGGGGCGGGCAGGAGAGCGACUGGGUGUAUCGCCUAGGAGAGGACCUCGUGGCGUUUGGCAUGAAAGAGGAGAAGGAGGGGGGGAGAUGGAAAGAGAGCGCCAAGGACCAGGAGGCGUGGUACGACAAGAUCGAGGACGGGGCGGCAUGGUUCAUGAGGAAAUGGCACAGACAGGAGGCGGAAGCAUCCGCGAAGCGCCAGCGCCAGCGCGCGGAGGAAGCAGAGACGGAGAG